GGGCAAAUCCAGGCUCGUCUGCAAGCCCUGAAGGAAGGCAGAGACAAACUCCUGGGCUUUCGAGAGGCUGAAGUGAGGAGAAGCUGGGAGUACUUGGAGAAAACCGCAGCGGAGCGGCGGAGGGUUUUCUCCGUCUUCGAAGGGUUGCGUCUCGUCCUGGAGGACCAUGCCCGUCAUCUGCUGGCUCAGCUGGGGGACCUGGAGAGGGACGUUGAGAAAAAGCAGGAAGAAAACAUCACCAGUCUGACGAAGGAGGUGUCUCGCCUGGAGACCUUGAUCCAGGAGAUGGAGGAGAAGUGUCAGCAACCAGCGAGCACAUUUCUGCAGGACAUCCGAGGCACCCUGGGCAGGUUCGAAAAGGAAAAUUUCCAGCAGCCCCCGUUGCUUCUUCCAGAGCUGGAAAAGAAAAUCAGUCACUUCAGGGAGAAAAAUAUUGCGGUAGAGGAGACGCUGAGGACCUUCCAAGACAUCCUGAUGUUUGAGCUGCCCGAAAAGGUGAAGGUGACCUUGGACCCGAGCACGGCUCAUCCCCAGCUCGUCGUGUCGGCCGACGGGAGGAGCGUGCGGUGGGAAGAUGCCCAGCGGGACUCCUCUGCCGAGGGGCUGGGCACCGACCCCUGCGUGCUGGGCUGCGAGGGCAUCACCUCGGGGAGGUGCUGCUGGGAGGUGGAGGUGACACCCAACGGCUCCUGGGCCGUGGGGGUGGCCAAGGAGUCCCUGAAGAGGAGGGAAGAGACUGCCGUGAGCCCCGAGAUGGGGCUCUGGUCUAUGGGGCUCUGUGAGGGUCAGUUUUGGGCACUCACCUCCCUGGAACGUAUCCCGCUAUACCAGAUCCAGGUCCCCAGAAGGGUCCGGGUCUCCCUGGACUAUGAAAAGGGUCAGGUGGCAUUUUUUGACGCCGAUAAGAGGGCCCUGAUAUUCACUUUCCCAGCAGCUUCCUUUGAAGGGGAGCGUAUUCACCCCUGGUUCCUGGUGUGGAGCGAGGGGUCCCAGAUCACGUUGCGUCCCUGA